AUGGCAACACGGACGACUACGCGGUCGCGCUCUGCCAAAGCGGAUGCGGCAGCUGCGACACCCGCUCCACCACCGGUAAAGAUUGAGACGAAGAAAUUGUCCUUCUUCGGUUACCUGGACAUGAUCCCGGGCCUGGCUGCGAUUGUCGCUACUGCUCUCGCGUCCUUCUUUACCGGUUUCUUCAGAACCGAGCGAGACUCCAAGACGUAUCAUCUCCACGUUGCCAACACCGUGCUGCGCAAAGCCACUCGCCGCCUUGAUCCGCUACAGUUACAACUCAUUUCGCCCAACACCAACAUUAUUUACAACCAGUAUGCACGGUCCCGAAACUUUGAGCCGGACACUGUGGCGCUUGCCCACGGAGCUCAGGGCCAUUGGGUGGGCAACAAGAAUGCCACCAACGUACUGAUCUGGUUCCAUGGCGGCGGAUUUUGUCUCCCUGCCAACAUUGGCUACUUCAAGUUCUUUGAGCGCCUACUCAAAGAUGUCAAUGCUACUGGCGGCGAUCUCUGCAUCUUCGCCGUCACCUACACGCUAGCGCCCCAUGGCACUUAUCCCGUGCAGCUGACGCAGUCGGUCGAAGCCCUGCGCCAUGUUCUCGCGCACACAGGCCGUUCCCCAGGCAAUGUUCUCCUCGCCGGCGACUCUGCGGGCGCCAACAUCACGGUCGGCGUCCUCUCGCACCUGGCGCACCCGCAUCCAAGCAUCGUCCCGGUGCACCUCUCGGAGCCGCUCGCUGGUGCGGCCACGAUUGCACCCUGGGUGUCUCUGCACCCGGACCUGUCCGAGCACAUCAUCUAUGAUGGCGGCGACAUCGUGACAACGUUUGUGGGCGAGAAGUGGUCCAAGGAGUUCAUGGGCGACGCCGAGCCCGACUACUACACGGACGCGAUAGACGCCCCAGAGAGCUGGUUCGAGACGUUUCCCAUCAAGAAAAUGCUCAUCCUGGCCGGCGAGAAUGAGAUUCUGCUGCCUAUGAUUGAGAUGUUUUACGAAAAGAUGAAGGGUGGCUAUCCCAACGUGGAGAUCUUCAAGGGCAAGAGAGAAUCUCACGUCGCUCCUGUAUACAACAUCUAUGUGGGCGACAAUACCGAGACCGAGCAGGGCAAGAAGCUGAAGACUUGGCUGACUGAUUUGUUGAAAUAA